CUCGCGGCGUGACACACAUUCCGCGCUGACUGACGGAACGCUACGUCCGCGUUUUCUUGCUGAAUUUACACUAUUUUUUGCGCGUUAUCGUAGUGCAUUGUCUAAUUUAUCGCCGUUAUCGAGUGACGUGCCGUCCUCUCGUUUUGUUUCCGAGUUGUGUUCGCGCGGCGUAGACGCUACGAGCGUUAUCACAAUAUCUGGUGAUAACACGCUCAACGCGAUCUCGGGAUCUCGCGUUCUGGUAUUUCCUCACGAUUGUGCGGUUCUGUUCAGUGUUUUUUAUGUUGUUGCAAUUGUUUUGAUUUUUUGUGCUCCACAGUUGCAAGUGUUUUUUAAGCAAGUUUGAAAUAAAGUGACUUGAAAAGUUUACGACCAAAGUGACCAAAGCCAGUGUGCAAUAAAAAAAAUAUUUAUAAUAAAGAAGAAAACUAUUUAUUGAAGAUUUUUUUAUUAAAAUUCUAGUGAAGUAAUACAAUUACUUAGUAAGUUUAGUGUAAAAAAUAAAAUAAAAAUCGAAAUCCAUAUCAAAGACCUACGACUACAAAUAAAAACAAAAAUAAAAACUAAAAAACCAAAAUAAAAAGUACCAGGAGAACAUAACACGCCAGAGGCGGCGCGCUAAAUUCGAAAUUUCAAUCGCCUCGCUAGUUCGCGUGAGUGACCGCUAGAUGGCGCGGUGACAAAGUGGCCUACAUGCCAGUGGCGCUGGGCUCGCUCGGCGGCGAGGGCGAGUACCGCGAGUACGGCCACCAUCUCUCGCCGCACCACCCCCCGCACCCGCCGCACCUCCAGUACCAUGAGUACGCGCCGCCGCCGCCGCCGCCUCUCUACCACCCGAUUCCGGACCCCUACUUCAGGCGGCACGCGCCCUACUUCGGGCAGCCAGACUACAGAGUUUACGAGCUCAACAAACGGCUGCAGCAGAGGACAGAGGACUCUGACAACCUGUGGUGGGACGCGUUCGCGACGGAGUUCUUCGAGGACGACGCGACCCUCACCCUCACAUUCUGUUUAGAAGAUGGACCUAAGAGAUACACGAUAGGAAGGACGUUGAUACCGCGGUACUUCCGCAGUAUAUACGAGGGCGGAGUCUCCGAGCUGUACUACACGAUGCGGCAGCCUAAGGAGUCCUUCCACAACACAAGCAUCACGCUGGACUGUGACCACUGUACGAUGGUCACGCACCACGGGAAACCAAUGUUCACUAAAGUGUGCACAGAAGGCAGGCUGAUCCUGGAGUUCACGUUCGACGACCUGAUGCGCAUCAAGUCGUGGCACCUGGCCGUGCGCGCGCACCGCGAGCUGAUCCCGCGGCAGGCCGUGCACCCCCCCGACCACGCCGCCCUCGACCAGCUCGCCAAGAACAUCACGCGGCAGGGGAUCACCAACUCCACGCUUAACUACUUGAGGUUAUGCGUGAUCCUGGAGCCGAUGCAGGAGUUGAUGUCCCGUCACAAAGCGUACGCGCUGUCGCCGCGGGACUGCCUCAAGACGACGCUCUUCCAGAAGUGGCAGCGGAUGGUGGCGCCACCUGAGUCGCAGCGGCCGGCCAGCAAGCGCCGCAAGCGCAAGGGCAGCGCGGGCGCCAACGCGGCGCCGCCCGCGCCCGCCAAGAAGCGCUCGCCCGGACCCAACUUCAGCCUCGCCUCACAGGACGUGAUGGUGGUCGGCGAGCCGUCGCUGAUGGGCGGCGAGUUCGGUGAUGAAGACGAGCGGCUGAUCACGCGGCUGGAGAACACGCAGUACGAGGGCGACGCCGGCGAGUGGGCCGCGCCGCCGCCCGCCUCGCCCGCCAAGACGCCGCCGCCCACGCACUGACUCCGCCCGCCGCCCGCCGCCCGCCGCUGCCGGUGAUGGCGCACGCCCUGCCCGCUCUGGCGCCCUGCUACUCCAUCGGGACACCGCUGGCGAGAUGACAGUCGCACUUCCUACUAACUUCUAGCGCCCUGGUACUUUGACUCCGACGGAGCUUUAGCACGAUAGAGGCACGACGCCGCUGCGGCCCUGGUACUUCGCGAGACUGAGUGCGGUGAUACGGGACGGCUCGCGUACUUCCUACUGAGUUCUGACGUCCUGGUACUCUGGGGCUGUGUGCGGGGUUUUGGUAUGCAGGAGGCAACCGCCUGGUCCUGCUGGGGGCUGGUGGCUGCUGCCGAGGCAGACAACCCCCAAGCCGCUGCGACCCUGGUACUCUGGGGGACUGUGACGCGGCUUUAGGAUGCAGGAGAAGGCUCGGCCACCGCCGUAUUGACGUUGAGCACAGCAGUGAUGAUAGACACACUUCCUAAUGAGUUCUGGCGCCCUGGUACUUCUCGAAAGACACGCGGGUUACGGGAAGUUUCCGGUCUAAUGUGAUCCGAGCCGAUGUUUGCGUACUUCCUACUACGUUCUGACGCCCUGGUACUUUGAGAGACUGUGACGGGGCUUCGGUAUGCACGAGGAGCGUUGCGAGCGGGAGUUUCUCGGCAGACUACAGCGGUGGUGAUACACGCUUCCUAAACUCUGGCUUCCUGGUACUUUGCAAGUGUACAGGAGGCAGCAAGGCUACGUGCGGGGAGUGCUGUCUUGGCCGGCUUCAGUGAUACUCGUGUUGGCACACUUCCUACAAAGUUCUGGCGCCCUGGUACUCGGCAGAGCCAGUACCAAGACUAUGCGGCUCGAGUGUACAGACACGUAACCUCGCACACUUUCCUACUAAGUUAUGUUAGCCUGGUACUCUAACAGACCAUGACGCGGCUUCGCGGUCGCCUACCAAGAGGGCUGAGAACGCCACAUUGAUAAAUAUUGCUAUUUGACAUUUGUCGACAUUGCACACUUAUUUUUACAUGCGAAAAUGUCAAUUAGCAAUAUUGUUUUUUAAAUCAAUUCUUUCGAUGUGACCUUUUCAACCCCCGUCGAAAUGAGGAGUUUUCCAGUUUAGUAAUUUUUAGUUCUUUUAAAAUGAAAAGAGAUGGCGCUCAAAUCACUUUUGGAAGUUUAUACAAGCAAAUAAAUGAAAGCAAAAUGAAGCAGUCAAUUUAUUUGCAUCAUUCGUUAUAAUUUAUUAAUAACUAGCUUCUGCCCGCGACUUCGUCCGCGUGGCGUGUUAUAAAAGAGAGAUCUUUGUGUGUGUGGGAGUGCAUAUCAAAUUUCAAGCAUCUAAUUUAUGCAGUUUAGAUUUCUUCAUACAAUUUUUUUUCCCGCUAACUCCCCAUUUUUCAAAAUACAGCCAUAACUAAACUUUAUAUUUACUAAGGUAUGCAUGCAUGCUAGAUUGAAAACAUCUAUCCUACGCGGUUUCGAUUUUUUCAUACAAAUUUUUCUUCCUGCUAACUCCCGUUUCCGUGAGAAUUUUGCAAUAUCCUGUUGAUACUAAGCCUUAAUUUAACUAAGGUACCUGCAUGCCAAAUUUCAAGCGUCUAGCUUAAGCGGUUUAGAUUUUUCAUACAAAAGGAUUUUCCCGCUAAUUCCCGUUCCCGUGGGAAUUCCGGGAAUUCCUUUCUUAGUGCACCUCUACGGUACCUAAGCUACAUCCCUUCCAAAUUUCAAGUACCUACGUUUAGCCGUUUAGGCUGUGCGUUGAUAUGUCAGUCAGUCAUUUUCUCCUUUUAUAUAUUUAGAUACAAUAUAAUGACAGAAGCGUAUAUCAAAGUUAUUGUUGCUUGAUGUUUUGAUCACAUUAUGUAUAGAAUUAUGUUGCUACCAUAUAUUGCUUCUCUUUAUUUUGAUCAGAAUAAUAAUGGGUGCAGGAUGUAAUUGUAUAAAUAAAAAGGGUCAUCAUUUGUACCCAAAAACAAAGAUAAAAUAUGCAUAUGUCUGUUAUUCAUGAAAGAAGGUUGAAUGAAGAACAAACUGUACAGCGCUAUCUAUGUUGAUUUCCAGGAACGUACUCUAGAAAGUCUCAUUAGGUCAUAAGAUAUCUUUCCUUGGGUACGUUAAGUUGAGCGCCCCAUAACCCUACAAUAAUAUUGUACAAUCCUUUAAUUGUGCAAUAAUAUUGAAUAACCCCUUUGAUUCCAAACGUUCAAUAAAUUCUCUCAAUAAAAUUGACAAACCAGUCUGAACAAUAUUUUCGUGCGAGCAACAUGUAAGACGACGAAGUUUUGGCGGCAAAAAUAAUACCGUGACUGACCGAUCGCGACCGAAAACUAAAAUGAAGAAUAUUGCGCAAUGUUAAGCCUACACAGUGAAAGAAAAAAAUAUUGCCCAAUAAAAAUUAAGCUCGCUCAAUCUUUUGUUCAAUCAUUGUGCAAUGUUUGAAUAUUGUGCAAUAUUAUUGUAGGUGUAUGAGGCGCCUUGUGAUGCCGAAUAAAGUUGUCCUAAAGCAUAGCGCCAUCUCUGUAUUAUAGACGUAACUAACUGGAAACCUGCUCAUUGACAUAGUACCGAGAAAAAUCGAUACUUCACUUUGAAAAACCUACAGUAUUUCUGACGUAACCACGGAAGGCUGGCCAAGAACACAUCGACAAAAUUGUGAUUUUUUUUUUUUUUUUUAUAAGGGUUAUGGCCUGGAAUCAAGUCCUUUGGGCCAACAAAAUUGUGACAUUUCGAGGAAGUGUGGCCACUAUAAAAAAAAGUUAAACUAGUGUUGCGACGUUCAAUAUCGAUAGUUAUGUAUAAAUAUUGUUUUUGUGUCGAAAUCGAUUUUGGUGUUAAUAAAAAAUCAAUGAAAAAUGCAUCUCAAACGGAAAUUGUACUGAAAUUGAAUUCGUAAUUUUUAUUCGACGAAUGAUACAAAAUGAAAGGGUGUUAAAAAUACGUCGGUCUAUGUACAAUUUACAAGUGAAGUCGUAUUUUUGCAGGUUUCAGAAAUAUACAUUUAGGAUGAAAUGAAUUAAGUACUCAAUUUCCGUUUGGGAAAGACGUUUUUAAUCUCUGUACUUUUAGGGCCCAGACCUUCGAUCGUAAUAUAUUGGUAGCGAUACGCCUCGUUUGGAUUUGAAUUAGAUUAAACCGUGCGACAUUAGGACGUUUUUGAGAUACUUGAUUAUUUUUAGGUACCGGAUUUUCACCAUUGGUGCUAAUUCCUGUAAAUACCAUCUAAUUUUAUUUUAAGUUAUAUCUGUCAUUUUCUUAUCCGCCGAAAAGGAAAGGGACGGGUAAUCGAUAAGCAUAACAUUUAUGGAACACACAUCAAUUUAAGCACAAAUCUAAAACAACCGUCUAACAGAAUUAAGACAGAAUUAAGUUGACUGCACACGUUAAACGGUUUGCAUACCAGCGAGAUACCUUUUUGAUUCGCCCGGGUUAUUCAUUCAUUUACUCUCAUUCUUACUAAAAUUAAGAGCUGUCAGUCAUCCGUCCCUUUCCUUUUCGGCGGAUAAGAAAAUGACAAGUAUAACUUAAAGUAAAAUUAGGAGGUGUCUGUAGGAAUCGGGGCCAAUGAGUUAUUAACUUAUCGUAAGUGCAGUUGGCAACACGGUUGGCUCGACCAUUAUAGAAGGUCUAACAGAAAGCUCGAUGAGGUGUGGGUACUUUGAACUCGAUUCGCGGCGGAUAUACGGUCACGAGCAUUAAUAUGUAUACACUUUGGUACCAUGUCACAUUAACUUUUUUGACAAAUUGAACUGUAAGUCUCACUAUAUCAAAUAUGUUAAUGCGACAGAGUCCUAAAGUGGGUACAUUAUAUUGCUCAUGACUGUAGGUACCUCUGACUACCCCAAUUGGGAGAUAGUCGUGAGUUUAUGUUGAUUUUUUAAAUUUUGUUUGCAUUUGUGUGCGUAGCACAGUACCAAUAUAUAUGAUCGAUGGUCUAAACAGACUUAACUCGAUUCAUUGCGUUCUCUUUUUCAAUAAGGGUUAUAUUUUAUUUAUCCUAGUACUUUGAGGGGUCAUUGUGCCAAUAUCUGAACAAUGUUGCCUAUAAGUUAUAAUAUGCCGUCAUUUCGGUGAGGGUGUGCUGCCGGCAAAGGAUGUUUUCGGCGUACCGAACAGAGCAUAAUACCCCGCUAGCCACAAGUUGAUAGUGUGACUAGGGAUCGACGAUCCAACGGUGUUAUGUUGGAAGUUGUAUAUAUGCGUCACGCUGUGCAAACUUCGAUAGCGCGUUUCAGGACAUCUGUCAACGCCAUCUGUCGCAUGUGGGCGGAACUAGCUGGCCAACUAGUUGGGUGCGCCACAAAUCAAAUAAAUACGAUAAUUUUAACUUCGAUGCGACGUCUUCAUAUAAAAAGCAACAUUGUUGAGAAUAGGCGCAUAGGUGAAUAAAAAAUAACUCUAUAUUAUAUCUUGUCUGCUAAUUCGAUGAGAAAUAAUAAAUUAGUCUAUGAUUAGAGAGAAAAAAUAUCACUUUCGUAUUAACAGAACCAAAGUUCGAAUUUGUAAAAGAAUAGUUUUUUUUAUUGUAAUAUUGAGCAAAGGCGGGCUAUUCCCAGACCAUAGACAAUCUAUUAUUAUUUUUUUCAUCGAAAAAGGAGACAGGAUGUAGUGAUGUUACUUUGUAUCGAUAUUAAAUAAACGGUAUUUCUUGUAUGUGUUGUAUAUUAUCGAGUUUUUUUGAAUAGACAGAAAUAUCGUUGCGAAUAUCGAUACGAUAACAUCACUAAUUAUCAAUGAGGGACUUUCCAAUCGACGUUCCCCAAAGACACGAUAGAUGGCGUUGUUCACUUUUAACGUGAUAAUUACCUAUUUUCACAUUGCUGGGAUACAUAAUUAUUCAAAAAUGUAAUGUGUAUGUAAUGGCAGAGACAUAAAAAACUAAUUGUUGCCUGAUAUUUGGAUCACAUUAUGUAUAGAAUGAUGUUGCUACCUAUAUUGGUUCUCUUUGUUUUGAUCAGAAUAAUAAUGGGUGGAAGUUGUAAUUGUACCUUGGUGUAAUAAAAAGGGUCAUCAUUUAUACCCAAGAACACAGAUAAAAGAUGCAUAUGUCUUAUCCAUGAAAUUAGAAGUUUAAACGAAGAAAAAACUCAACAACGCCAUCUAUCGUGUUUUUGGGGAACGCCGAUUGGAAAAUCCCUCAGUAAAUAUAUAUAUUUAAUAGUAAAAAUGUUUAAUUGUACAAAAAUCUAUCAGAUUAAUUUAAAAUACUUAUUAAAUCGAAGUUGUACCUAGUAAAAUUUAAAAAUUGUAAAUUGAUUUUCUGUAAAAUAAAUCGAUGGAUAUUUGAAGUGUGGCAACACUGAGGCGGUGGUUCCCUGUGUACUAAACCCGUGAGUUUGUCUACGGAAUGUACGGUGACCAGUCUUAGACACAUAUGUGUACAUUUGAUAACACUGUCGCAUUUACAGACUUGACAUACGCCAUAGAUUUAUAAACUGUAUAGGUCUGCGGUGCAAGAGAGACAGAGCGAUGCGAAAUACUAUGUUAGAGCGAGAUAGAUAGACGACGCUCUUUAUACGCGUCUUUCAAUCAUACGUCAAUCAGGACUUCUCUCUCUCUAUUUAAGAGCUGCGCUCUUGUCGGUGGAGUAAUCGCCAUUCCUCUCUCCUUCCCGCCAAAUCCUUCACCUCCCGAUGCGACACGACCUGCACCUUCUCUUUUAUUUGUUUCAUAAAUGUUAUCCUAGGUCUACCCCUUCCUCUCUUCCCUUCAAUUUUUCCUUCUAUAAUGUUUUUAUAAAUGAAUCGUGUCGUAUCAAAAAUCGACCUUAUUAUUACUGUACUGUGAUCGUUAUUUGAAGAGUCAUACUGUUUGUUUAAAAGUUUGACCACUAUGGUUUCUUGUCAAUCAGAAUAUAGGCCGUUCAAAUUAUGAUCACACUGCGAUAAUAAUAAGGUCGAUUUUCUCUGAAUCAGAAGUUAUGAUUGACGAAUGAUUGAAAGAUGUAACAUCGCUAAUACAAGGUUACACGCAUAUAAUGAGCCUCGUCUAUCUAUCUCGCUCUGACACAGUCUUUUACAUCGCUCUGUCUCUCUUGCACCGCAGACCUAUACAGUGUAUACCCUCGUAUAUUGGGUCAUAGUGUAUUCUAUAAAAUAAAAUCAAACCAGGACCAUUGUUAUUGAUUCCUGUACACACCAUCUAAUUUUAUUUUAAGUUAUACCUGUCCUUUUCUUACCCACCGAAAAAGAAAGGGACGAGUAAUCGACAGGCAUAAAAUUUAUGGAACACACGUCAACUUUAGGCGGAAAUCCUAAACAAAAUACGUCGAUAACUCGACAGAAUUAAGUUGACAGCACACGUCACUCAUUUUAAAAUUAAGGAAUCAAUCAUCUGUCCCUUUCCUUUUCGGCGGGUAAAAGAAGGACAGAUUAACUUCUUCAAACAUAAUGGCUAACCACAUCGCCGUUCUGGGGGUAAAAAGGCCAGAUUAAAGCAAUUCAUCAAAAAAGCAACAUUGCUAUUUGACAUUUGCGCUUAUGAAAGUAAGUAGCAAUAUUGCUUUUUUGAUGUGGCCUUUUUCAUGAUAUACGAAAACCAGGUAUGCUCAAGCCGCCAUUGGUGGCCCAUUGAUGACGUAGCGUAAGUGUUGCCAUUAAAUUGGUAUCUCCAACAUUCCAAGGACAUAAAUUUUAUUAUUGAACAUAACAUAAACUGCCUAUAUACGUCCCACUGUUGGGCACAGGCCUCCCCUCAAUCAACCGGAGGGGGUAUGGAGCAUACUCCACCACGCUGCUCCACUGCGGGUUGGUGAGGAUUAUUGAAAAUUAAGUAAAUUACUGACUAAUGUAUUUAAUUACUAUUAUUUGUCUCAUAUAUAAAAAUUAUUAAAUCUAAGUAAAUUUGUUACUAUAAGUACAAAAUUGCUAAGUAAAUUAAAAAUAUUGGACGUGGGUAAUUUUUUUUUACGAAAUUGCAACACAGGUUCGGAUGACGUCAGCUGGGCUAACCUUGAAAUGUUAGCUGUCAGUUUUGAGCAUACCUGUUUUUUUUCCUUUAGCCCCCUGGUGUUCGAAGAACUACCUUAAAUGUCAGCAGGAAUCGGGGCCUGUCAAUCUGUCAUAUAAGUUAAUUUGACACGGUUAUGAAGUGUACAUACUUAUUGUGCGUGACUCUACCCGCGUUGUACGCGCGUGCGGUUGGCGUACCGACGGCGGGUUGUAUAGUUAUAAUGUAUUUAAUUUUUGAAUUUUAAAAUGCGGGCACAUGGAUUAUGUGACAGAAUAUAAAUAAAUGAAUAAAUAUAGGCCUUAACCGAUA